AUUUAUUAUUUGGGAAGUCCUAAGAGUCGAAGUCUCUGUGUGAUGAUAUCCCAGUUUCUAAUUUCACAUCGGAGAAGCCCUCUCCGUCACUAUCUCCCAGUUUGCUUGGCCUUCCGCAUUAAUUAGUGCUGUUUGUUACAGAUAAGUCCUUACUCUCUCACAUUGUAUGUUCCAGGAUAAUUUCCCACGGCAAUUGAAGGUUUAGCGAUAAAAAUGGGUAAAUUAGAUCUUAUGGAUUUUCCAGAUGACCUGUUGUGUUCACAGAUUUUAACGCGACUCCCUCUGAUUGAAGCUGUUCGCUUUUCUGCGGUUUCGCGAAAAUCGUAUAGAGGGUGGACGCAGUUACCCCAUCUGAAGUUUUGUGAUGAGUUUUUUGAUUCUAUUCGUUCUAUCUCUAGAAAGAGAAAGGUUGUAUCUAAAUUGACUCGCCAAAAUAUGGCUGCAGAUAUAAUUGACAAGAUUAUUAGUAUGCAGUGUGUUAGCCUGGAAACAUUUCAGCUUUGCAAUUGUGAUUGGUUUGGUAGUAGCAUUCACAAGUGGCUUCUGUCGAUUUCUUUAUCAGGGGUGAAGUGCGUAGAUUUGAAAUGUAGUGGCUUCCGUGGAUUUGUUUAUCAGGAGGUUUCGGAGUCCAUGUUUUCAUGUGUGAGUCUUACGUCUUUGUCUCUCGAGAAUUUUAAGAUGACAAAAGUGCCUCCAUUAUUUCAGGGUUUCCCCCAACUUGAAACCCUUUAUCUUGAAAACGUUGGGUUAAGUGAAAAGGCAUUUGAGGUGAUUUUGAAAUUAUGUCACCUUCUUCAAAGUUUGACAGUAUCCCAAUGCCGAUUGCCUUCAAAUUUCAGAGUAUUUUCCUCGAGUCUUAAGUCUUUCGCUCUUCUCGGACUGGAUGGUCCUCGCUGUUCAAUGGAAGCAAAUUGCCCAAGAUUAGAGCACAUUAAAUUUAUUCAAUGCUAUUGCUUGAAAAUGGUGAAUAUAUGUUUGCCUGUAUGUGUACAUUUGGAAACCGACUUUCCACUUCUUCAACAUUUUGCAACAGUAAAAUCUUUGAAGAAAAUUACCUGUUUCGAUGAUCCGAGCUUCCAUCCUCCCAAGGUUCUACAAAGCUUUCCUCACUUGGAAGAGUUGUGCAUUGACUAUCCCUUAUUUUUAUUUUAUCCAAAUGUUAUAGCAGAGUUGACUCUACAGCUAGCAAAUUUGAAGACAUUUACAGUGAAUAUUGGGUCUUAUGAUAUAGACUACGUAAUACAUGAUAAAUUAUAUGUUGUGGCUUUUAUGUUCUGCUCUUGCGUUUUGGAAGGCUCUCCUAUGUUGGAAACAGUGAGAAUCUUCAUGAAUAGUAGAAUCUUCAUGAAUAGCAGGUCCAAGAAAUUUGGGCAUUAUGAAUUUGAUGUUGCUCAUGAAAUUGUUAAUGAUUUCCUAAGUUUUGCAAGGGGUUUCCCACAAAUCAAAAUUUCAGUGUCAAGGAGGAUAGUAAGUACAGGCUCAAGUUCCAGUGUGAAACGAGGAGGUGAGAGUAAGUUGGGAGGGAGGAAGAGGAAGAAUGUAUACAGAGGAAUAAGGCAGAGGGCAUGGGGUAAAUGGGCUGCUGAAAUAAGGGAUCCGUCCAAGGGUCUUAGAGUUUGGCUUGGGGCAUUUUCUACAGCUGAAGAGGCUGCAAGAGCUUAUUAUGCUGCAGCAAGGAAGAUUGGAGGUUUUUCCACUGCUGAAGAGGCUGCAAGAGCUUAUGAUGCUGCAGAAAGGAAGAUUCGAGGUGAAAGAGCUAAGGUUAAUUUUGCUGAAGAAACUCCUGCUGCUUUAACUUGAAGGAGUUGCAGGUACAAAAUAUGAACAAUUGAAUUCUCUUGAAAUUUUGUAGUCCUGAAUGCCAACAAAGAUUGUAUAUCGAAAGCUGGGAUUAUAAAAAAGACAUUCAAAUAUAGCUA